AUGAGGUUUCGAUCGAGUACUUCCAGGAGGCGACCGCUGCAUGCGAUCCAGGAUCCUCUUGGAAAUGGGUUGACAACUGUUCGCAUCCAACCGGCUAACGACUUCCACGGUUGUUGUUCAACGGGAAAGACGAAGGACAGCAGCGUGACGGCAACUAUCCAGGGCAGGCAAGCGAAUCUGUCUUCUGCGCAUGACGAUGGGCCUCAUGGGAGCCCACAGUGGCACAUUCACAGAGACGGAGGGUCAGCGGACGAAGUCGGUCUGGGCGGACAGAUGCAGCUCGAGUUCGGCCGUUAUGCGACGUACGACGAUGUCGCCUUUGGGCUUACGAGGCACUGGACCCUAAACAAGCUCCAGUCGCUGACGGUAUUAAUACCAGAAGCGUUCCUUGACGACCGCGGCACGCGGCUGCAAGAAGAGGGGGGCCGGCAGCACUUCCAGUACGUCGGCGGCGAGGGCGGCACGGGCAAAUCUCGCGUCAUUCAUGCCAUCAAGGACAUGUUCCGGCUGAAGCACGGUCUCUACACGCUGCUCCUAACGGGCACCAGCGGUAACGCGGCCGCGCUUAUCGGCGGAGUGACGCUGCACUCGGCGGCAAAUAUUGCGUUUGAGGGCAGGGCAGCGACAGCAAAGAACAUCUCGGAAGAAGAGAAGCUGCGGUGGAAAAACAUGAUCAUGCUGGUUAUCGACGAGAUCAGCCAGGUGGGCGGUCUCACGCUCGCGGCGGUGGACAGCCGCCUGAAGCAGUACAGAGACGACCAGCAUCGACCGUUCGGCGGGAUCCCAAUGGUCAUAUUCUUUGGUGACUUCUUCCAGUUCAACCCCGUCCUGCAGACCAGCCUCCUCUUGCCAAGGCCUAGGGACCGCGGCGGACAGAGACCAGAGAGCUCGGCAAAGCACCUAGCUGCGCAUAGGCUGUUCCUCCAGUUCACGAACGUCGUCAUCCUCCGCGAACAGGUCCGCGCAGCCGGCUGUCCAAGGCUGCGGGGCUUCCUCCGGCGCCUGCGCAACGGUGAUCAGACCGAGCUGGACUUCCAGCGGCUAUGCCACCGCCUCCAUACACCGUCGUGCGAGUCCUCGUUCGUAGAUGGCUUGAGAGCCAUCACGCCUCUGAACCAAGAUCGGUGGGACCCGAACAUGGCGGCCGUCGUCCAGUGGGCUCCUGCCGACCCCCGGCCUGUUCUUCUACGCCCAAGGCAUGCCGGUCGUGGUGACUCGCAACCAAUUUGUCGGGCUGAAGGUGGUCAACGGGGCGCCUUUCCAAGGCCGUCGACAUCUUUCCCCGACCUCGCCGCCGGCACCAUCGCCCUCGCCAAUGACGUGACUCUUCAUCUUGGACCGCCGAUGGCCGUCCUCCUUCAGUCGGACGAUAGCGCGGACCUCGCCAUCCCCGGGCUCCCCAACGGCACCGUCUUGAUCAAGAGCAAGACGGUCGCCAUCCCGAGCCAAAUGCGGGGCAACAGAAGGCAGAUGGGGGCCCAAGCCGGGUUUCAGAUGGGUCACUCCACCGAACGGGGCCUCUUUGCACUCCCGGCCUUCGCUAUGACAGAUCAGAGGAGCCAAGGCAAGCAGUUCUCCAACGUCCUCAUCAACCUCAAAGGCGUCCACUCGAGUGGCACGGCGACUCGACCCAGCUUCAUGAGCCUAGGACGCGGCGCUCUGGCGAGACCCUGGGGUUUCCGAGCUCAGAUCGUAGCACAGCUCUCCACCGUUGCUCUGUUUUGGAGCUCUUUUUCAGCGGAAUAA